AUGAAUAUGCACGAGACGAUUAGAGCUCUUAAGCACCCUUCUAUAUUGCAGGGUGUGUUGGGUUACGUCAUACUGAGGCCACUGACAGUCUUAGCAGCCAUAGGUGCAAAAACUUUGCGUAUCUACCGUGACUCACAGAUUCGGCCGGACGGAGUAUGGUUCUGGACAGGGCUGAUCAACAGCUUUUCACAGUGCUGGGCGAUCUAUUGCCUCAUCAUGUUCUACCGUGCCACCAAGCACGAGCUGAAGCCCAUCCGGCCCGUUGCCAAGUUCAUGCUUAUCAAGUCCAUCGUGUUCCUAACAUACUGGCAGUCGCUCAUGCUGUCCUUUGCAGUUAAGGCAGGCUGGAUCAGCACCAACGUUGCAGCAUACGAUGCCAAAGACGUGGCAGCAGGCGUGCAGGAGCUCAUCAUCUGCAUCGAGAUGUUCAUAGCCGCAUUGAUGUUCGCGUAUGUCUUUCCUCCAAAGGAUUACAUGGAUCCAGAUGCACCAUCGGCUGGGUUCUUCAACAAUCUUCGUAGUAUGUUUGACAUGCGAGAUGUAAUGAGGGACGUGACAGACGUCGUGGACGCUGAUGUCUCCAGGACAAAAGAGAGGUUCGCCAAUCUCACCAGCAGGGUGGUGCACACCUCUGGGUCAUUCUUUAAGAGCCCCCUCGAGUUUUUCAAAUGGAAACGGUGGCGGAAGAGUCGCUGCAGACAUGGGAGACCUGGAGACGCGCACCUCGACAGCGAGGCGCCCCUGCUUCGGCUGUACGAGAGCAUCGACUGGUCGCUCACGCUGCCGUCGGGCCUGGAGGAGGCCAUUCGGCGGGAGGAGCUCGGGGAGCGGCAGCGCGGCGCCUUGGCGGGUGCCGGACCGCAAGUCGCGGAAGGGCGGCCAGCGGUGGGGUUGGGAGUGGUCGACGAGGAAAAACCGGAAAAGGGCGGGGACGAAAAAUCGGAAAAGGAGCAGACAUGA